CCCAGUCCGGGCAGCGGACGGACCAGACGAUGAGUGACAAGCUCGACAACGAAGGCCCUGUGCCCAUGGAGGGCUGCGGCCAAGACAGCAGCAGUGCCCAGGGUAGCCCUGCAGCCCUAGCCCCCCAGGAGGAAGACAAGGAGGAGGAAGGGGGGGCUGGGGCGGCUGCAGAGUCCGUGCCUCAGCCUGGACUCUACAGCUACAUCAGGGACGACCUGUUUACCUCGGAGAUCUUCAAGUUGGAGCUGCAGAACGUGCCCCGCCAUGCCAGCUUCAGUGACGUCCGUCGCUUUCUGGGCCGCUUUGGCCUGCAGCCUCAUAAGACCAAACUCUUUGGGCAACCUCCCUGCGCCUUUGUGACAUUCCGCAGUGCUGCUGAGCGGGACAAGGCCUUGCGUGUGCUGCACGGUGCCCUCUGGAAGGGCCGCCCACUCAGCGUGCGCCUGGCCAGGCCCAAGGCUGAUCCUAUGGCCAGGAAGAGGCGGCGUGAGGAUGAAGGUGAGCCGACGGCCACAUGCAUCGCAGAUGUAGUGACACCUCUUUGGACCGUGCCCUAUGCUGAGCAGCUGGAGCGGAAGCGGCUGGAAUGUGAGCAGGUGCUACAGAAGCUCGCCAAGGAAAUUGGGAGCACCAACCGCGCCCUGCUGCCCUGGCUCCUCUCACAGAGACACAAGCACAACAAGGCCUGCUGCCCGCUGGAGGGGGUUAGGCCAUCACCCCAGCAGACCGAGUAUCGUAAUAAGUGUGAGUUUCUGGUCGGCGUUGGGGUGGACGGGGAGGACAACACAGUCGGCUGUCGGCUUGGGAAGUACAAGGGCGGGACGUGUGCUGUGGCAGCCCCCUUUGACACUGUGCACAUCCCUGGGGCCACCAAGCAGGUGGUGAAGGCCUUCCAGGAGUUCAUCCGGUCCACUCCAUAUCCAGCGUACAACCCAGAGACGUACUCAGGCCACUGGAAGCAGCUGACUGUGCGAACCAGCCGCCGUGGCCAAGCCAUGGCCAUUGUCUACUUCCACCCCCAGAAACUGGGCCCUGAGGAACUGGCUGAGCUGAAGGCCUCCUUGGCGCAGCACUUCAUGGCAGGGCCAGGCAAGGCCACUGGGGUGACCUGCCUCUACUUUGUAGAGGAGGGACAGCGAAAGACUCCUAGCCAGGAGGGCCUGCCCUUGGAGCACGUGGCUGGAGACCGGUGCAUCCACGAGGACCUGCUGGGGUUGACUUUCCGGAUCUCUCCUCACGCCUUCUUCCAGGUAAACACUCUGGCGGCUGAGGUGCUCUACACAGUCAUCCAGGACUGGGCCCAGCUGGACACAGGGAGCACAGUGCUGGAUGUGUGCUGUGGCACUGGCACCAUCGGCCUGGCACUGGCCCCGAGGGCGAAGAGAGUCGUGGGGAUUGAGCUGUGCCAGGAGGCCGUGGAAGAUGCCCGGGUGAACGCCCGAGACAAUGAGUUGAGUAAUGUGGAGUUCCACUGUGGGAGAGCCGAGGACCUGGUGCCUGCUUUGGUGAGCAGACUAGCCUCUCAGCAGCUCAUUGCCAUCCUGGACCCACCCCGUGCUGGCCUGCAUUCCAAAGUGAUCCUGGCUGUCCGAAAAGCUGAGAACCUCAAGCGGCUCCUGUAUGUGUCUUGCAACCCCCGGGCGGCCAUGGGCAACUUUGUGGACCUCUGCAGGGCCCCAUCUAACCGAGUGAAGGGCACCCCCUUCCGGCCUGUCAAGGCUGUGGCUGUGGACCUCUUCCCGCAAACCCCGCAUUGUGAGAUGCUCCUCCUGUUUGAGAGGGUGGAGCAACCCAAUGGCGCAGGGGCCCUGGCACCCCAAGACCCUCCAGCCCAGUCCCCACCAGAGCCCCCAGAGGAUACCUUACAGGAAACCGGGGCUGCUGCCUCUUGCUAGGUCCCUGGAGGACUGGAAACUUGCCCUUUCAGAAUGGGGCCAUCUUCAUCACCCGGGCAGCAGCCAAGGGGUUCCCCAAGGCCUUGCCUUGCCUUGCCUCGCCUCAGGACGCUCAGGCAGCACCUAGAGGGCACAAGACUUGGCUGACCCACUCAAGGUCCAUCUGUCCCUGUGGACCCUAGGCUUCUGUAGCAUGUCCCCUACCACUGCCCCCACACGUCCGGUUCUUUUUGGGUUAGCUGGGCUAUAGGGCUAGAAUAAACAGUUGCUGAACUACAGCUGUU